UAUGCCUUCGUCCCCGUUUGGAAUGAAUCGAAAUGGACGUCUUCCUCGUCAUUGGGUGAGAGGCAAGGCGCCCUCAUGGCACCCGCCAGGAAUCGGGGGAGAUCCGCUGGGGUCUUGGAUCAUUCUCUGCGCAACGUUAAGUAAUGUAAAGCAUGGAAGAUAGGCCGGAUAGUGGUGAACCAGGUUGGAUUGGUGGAAAAAGGGUACAACAUGAUGUGGUAAAGGGCAUGUGGCUUUUGGCUGCAGGGUGCUAUGUUGAGAGAGUUCUUCGGGACAUUAUCUUCGGCAAAAAUCCCUGCUUAGUAGCCAGAAUCUUGGGUUGCAUAUGCCGUUGAAAGAUCUGGGAAUUUUGUCGUAUAAGAGGCAAUCGUUACUGUAAUUAGGAUAGCAAGAUGGACUCAUCGGUCGGGCGGCGGAAGAAGAUAACCAAGCAGCUGACGGGAAAGCGAGAAGACACUCCCUUGCAUUCUGCAGCCAGGGCAGGGAAUUUAGCUGUGGUGAAUGAGUUCCUUUCGGGAAACAAUGAAGAGAAUUUAAAGGAAUUGUUGUGUAAGCAGAAUCAGGCCGGAGAGACUGCUUUGUUUGUUGCUUCUGAGUAUGGCUAUAUCGAUUUAGUGCAAGAGAUGAUCAAGCAUCAUGAUGUUGCAAUGGCUGGAAUAAAGGCUAAGAAUGGUUAUGAUGCUCUACACAUCGCAGCGAAGCAAGGUGAUGAAGAUGUUGUGAAGGAGCUGCUAAAUGCUCUUCCAGAACUCUCUCUCACGGUGGACUUUUCAAACACCACCGCACUUCAUACUGCUGCAACACAAGGCCGUAUUGAGGUGGUGAAUCUACUAUUAGAAGCUGAUAAGAGUCUUGCACUAAUUGCAAAGAGCAAUGGUAAGACUGCCCUUCAUUCUGCUGCAAGAAAUGGACACUUGGAAGUUGUCAAGGCUCUUCUAAGAAAAGAACCUGGAAUUGCUACCAGAACUGAUAAGAAAGGACAGACUGCACUUCAUAUGGCAGCCAAGGGCACAAGCCUAGAGUUAGUUGAGGAGCUUCUUGAACAUGAACCCUAUCUAAUUAGCUCGGUUGACACGAAGGGCAACACCGCAUUGCAUAUUGCGGCAAGGAAAGGCCGGGCUCAGAUAAUCAAGAGAUUACUUGAGAUCAAGGAGCUUGAGACCAAAGCCAUCAACAAAUCAGGCGAGACAGCACUUGACAUUGCUGAGAAAAUGGGGAAUUCAGGUAUCAUCAGCAUACUACUGGAGCACGGUGUUCAAAGUGCAAGGACUAUUAGACCUCCUCAGAACCCUGCGCGCGAGCUAAAGCAGACAGUGAGUGACAUAAAACAUGAGGUUCACUCCCAGCUCGAACAUGCCCGCCAGACCAGAAGGCAUGUCCAGGGGAUUGUGAAAAGGAUCAACAAGCUCCAUGAAGAGGGCCUCACCAAUGCAAUCAACUCCAACACUGUCGUCGCCGUCCUCAUUGCAAGUGUAGCAUUUGCAGCCAUCUUCACAGUUCCUGGUGAAUAUGUAGAGUUCGAUAACCUCGCCCCUGGACUCACACUAGGAGAAGCCAAUGUGGCACAUCAGACACCAUUCAUGAUCUUCUUUGUCUUCGACUCGGUAGCACUCUUCAUAUCCUUGGCUGUUGUCGUGGUACAGACUUCGGUGGUCGUGAUCGAGAGCAAGGCCAAGAAGCAGAUGAUGGCCAUCAUCAACAAAUUAAUGUGGAUAGCCUGUGUGCUCAUCAGCAUCGCAUUCCUCGCCCUCUGUUUCAUCGUUGUGGGGCGCAAGGGGAGGUGGCUGGCGAUAGGAGUGACCAUCAUUGGGGCGGUGAUACUAGCAACAACAUUCGGCACAAUGAUCUACUGGGUGAUUGUCCAUCGGAUCGAAGCCAAAAAACUAAGAAGCAUCCAGCGAUCAUCGUUCAGUCGAUCACGGUCAUGGUCGGUGUCUGGGGUGUCAGACAGUGAAUUGUUCAAUGGAGAAUAUAAAAUGUAUGCAAUUUGACACUAACAAGGUAUCUCUUUGGCACCGGCACCACAAACCAGCCAUGUAAUCCUUGGAAAGUGUUCUUCCUUGGCCCAAAAUACUUGCUAGGAGUUGAUGGGCAAAUGCUCCUGCCAGUACCUUAUUCUAUUCAUCUGGUGACAAUUGAAAUCUAUGAGUUUAGGCCAACAAA